AUGUCUGACGCUCAAAUCGCCGGCGGCCACAAGGCUACUAUCAACAACCCUAAUGCUUCUGAGGAGGCCAAGGAGAACUCUCGCCAGGUCCUCGAGAACGAGUUCAACGGUGGCGAUGUCGCUGGCGCCGAUGAGAACAAGGAGAAGAACCCCAACAACGUUGCUGGUGGUCUCAAGGCCACUCUGAACAACCCCAACGUCUCCGACGAGGCUAAGAAGAACGCACAGGAGCGUCUCGACAAGGAGGACUUUUAA